GUUUGCUCUCUGGGAAGAAGCAUUCUUCUUCUUCUUCUUCUUCUCAAUCUAUCUUCUUCUUAAUCUACUGCGAUUCUUGGAAAAAUACACUGUGAUUUCAGAAUGGGAACGGAUCGAGGGUCAAAAGCUUCCUCGGAUCGUCAAAAUUGGAACAGAAUUUUUAACGGUCUGGUGAAGAUGUUGCAGACCCAACAAGUGCAGCUCGAGACGCUCGCCAAAGAACGGAAACUCCUCAAAGAUCGCAUCCGAAUGCAACACGACCGAUGGGUCUCCGAUGUUCGCCUCUUCGAAGAGCAAGUCGCUCAGGUGAAGGGGGAUUUGGUAGUUCAAGAUAUGGCAGCCUCGCUUGAGGCCGCCAAGUCGGAAUUGGUCAUGGGUUUGAAGCAAAAAGAUGCGUAUCUUAACAAAUUGAGACUAGCAUACGCAGAAACUGAGUUGGAAGAUUUUAAAGGGUUGCUUGAUUUAUUAUCUAAGAAAGGCUCUGAUCCAAAGAAUGGGGGCAGAGACAGCAAUAGAAGAUCUUCUUCAAAUACCAAGAACGUAGAGCAGCAUUCUGAAAAUCUAGAAAGUGAACUAAGGAGACUAAAGCAGGAAUACAACAAGUUUGCUUUGGAAAAGGACGCCGAGGUAUCUGCACUCGUGGCAGAGAAAAAAUUUGUGUGGAACCAAUACAAAAUUCUGGAAACUGACUGUGCAAAUAAACUAAAGAGAAAGAGUUCUGAAGUCGAACAAGCAGAGGAGAAGGUUCAAAAACUUAUUGCCGGUAUGGAGGAAUUACAGUCAUCAAAUGAUGAAAAGGACGACAGAAUUGCCAGAUUAACAAGCCAAUUGACUAAGAUGAGCGAAGAGUCAAACAAAUUCAAGGAUGAAACUAGUAGACUCUCACAGGAAUUGGAUUUGCUUUUCACAAACAGGAAAGGACCUUCAUCAAAUGAUGAAAAGGACGACAGAAUUGCCAGAUUAACAAGCCAAUUGACUAAGAUGAGGGAAGAGUCAAACAAAUUCAAGGAUGAAACUAGUAGACUCUCACAGGAAUUGGAUUUGCUGAGAAAGUCCAGAAGUUGCGCUGUUACACCUGUUUUAGGGCCUUCCAACAGAAGCAUUAUAUCGAGGAAAGAAUCAUCUGCUGGGCAAGCUCAGAAUUCUAUAGAGGACAUUGAAAAGGGUGGUAGAAGAAGAUCAAAGAGAAAGGGGGGUGAUGUUGCAUCCAUGUCAGUGACAGAGAGUCCAAAGUUGUUAUCAACCUCAUUUAAAGUUCCCAAAUUGAAGAACCCAUCUCCUCGUGUGCGAUUAUGGCCCAACGCUAGCGUUUUCUAAAUAGCAGAGUCAGGAAUGUAUAUAUUUAAUUUUUAAUUUUUAAUCUUUUUUUUAUUUGUUAGAUUGUAUUAUUAUCUUUCUUGAUUCUGGAUUUCUCAUCUGGACAUCUGCAAGACAGCAUAGUAAUUCUUUUGUUUCCUCUGAAACUGUAACGUGUCUUUAGAACUCUACCCUGUAAUUUUUCCUCUCUCUAAGAAUAAC